UAUACCCACAAAUAUUCUUGUUCUCUUUGUACGUAAAUGUGCUUUUCUUCAUUGUUCUUUUGUCAAAUUGAUUCCGAUGAUAUCUACAUGUUUGGGUUUCUCGUUUUCUAAAAACUAGAAAGGAAAUUGACGUUAAAUGUACGAAAUUGUGUGAGUGACAGUGAUAUGCACUGAUGCUUAUGAGGAUGUUUGAUGUUUAUACAUUCUUGGGUUUGAUGAGAUUAAGUGAUUAGGGUUGAUGGGUGGUGUUUGUUCCUGGAAGAGAGAGUACUACUAUGCUGAUGAAAAUCCCAACAGAAGAGGCGUCUCGGGGAGAUACUUUAAAAGCCGGAGUUCCAAGUGGAUGUGGAUGGCAUCCGCUUUCUUUCCACCCGUUGUGGAUUGUAGAGGAAGAAGCACUUGUCCAUCCCUUAUGGAGUUGUGCAUUCACAAAAUCCGAGAGGAUGUUAGCAAAUUCGGUUCGUUUUCCAUCUUGCCAAGGGAUGUCAGCCAGCUGAUAUUCAAUGACCUAGUUUAUUCUCGCUAUCUUUCUGCCAAUUCGAUUGAAGCUUUCAGAGAUUGUGCACUGCAGGAUAUGUUGCUCAAAGAGUAUCCAGGAAUCGAAGAUAGUUGGAUGGAUGUCGUCUCUUCACAAGGCUCAUCCUUACUCUCGCUCGAUAUUUCGAGCUUUGAGGUCACGGAUUAUUCGUUGUUUCUCCUCAAGAAUUGCUCAAGCCUCCAAUCUUUAGCUUUUGAUUAUUGUGAUCUAAUUACUGAAAAAGGGUUCGAGCAAAUCAGCGGUUUCCAAAAGUUGACGUGUUUGGGUUUUAAAAAUAGCACGGCCCUUACUGGUGAAGGAAUGCGGUGUUUGUCGAGCUUAGUUAAUUUGGUUAAGUUGGACCUGGAGAGGUGCCCUCGAAUCCACGGAGGACUUGUUCAUAUUGAAGGUUUAACCAGACUUGAAUCUCUCACUAUCAGAUGUUGUAAAUGCAUAGUGGAUUCCGACAUGAAAUCUCUUGCAGGCCUCGUCAAUUUGAAGCAACUGCAGACUCCCUGUGUCAACAUAACUGAUGCCGGGGUGUUCUAUUUGAAAGGCUUGAGCAAGCUCGUUUUGUUAAACAUGGAGGGCUGCCACAUCACUGCUGCAUGUUUGGAUUAUCUUUCAGAUCUUCCUUCACUUCAAUAUCUCAACCUAUGUAGAUCCGCCCUGAAGGAUGCGGGCUGUGAGAAAUUUUCGACACUGAGCAAUUUGGAGGUGUUAAACAUAGGAUAUAACGAAAUCACGGAUGAAUGUUUGACCCAUCUACAAGGAUUAACGAAGUUAGAAAGCCUGAACUUGGAUUCUUGUAGGAUUGGAGAUGACGGGCUCGCUAAUUUAGCAGGCCUCGUUAACUUGAAGAAUUUGGAGCUAUCGGAUAAUAAAAUUGAAAGCAAUGGGAUUCAGCAUCUUUCAGGUUUGACAAAUUUGGAGGAUCUUAAUCUAUCGUUCACCUUAGUAACCGAGGAUGGUUUGAGAAACUUGUCUGGAUUAAGGUCUCUCAAGUCACUUAAUCUGGACAUUCGCCAUAUUACCGACUCCGGGCUUGCUGCACUUACCGGGUUAACCGGAUUAACUCACCUGGAUCUUUUCGGGGCACAAAUAACGGAUUCUGGGACUAAAUAUUUGCAAUAUUUCAAAAAUCUCCAGUCACUCGACAUCUGUGGUGGCGGGUUAACCGACGAUGGCAUCAAGAAUAUGAAACAUCUUUCGUCCUUGACGGUUCUAAACCUGUCACAGAACCUCGACCUGACCGAUAAGACCUUAGAACACUUGUCAGGACUUACAGGGUUGGUGUCUCUAAAUGUCUCGAAUUCUCGUGUCACCAACGAUGGCCUGCAGCAUCUGAGGCCGUUAAAGAACCUGCGCUCGCUUUCUUUAGAAUCGUGCAGCGUGACAGCGGACGAGCUCAAGAAGCUGCAGCUGAGCGCCCUCCCGAACCUCAUGAAAUUUCAUCCCGAGCUCUGAAAGCAUUUCCAUGAAAGAAAUGUUUUCUCGUCCCGACUUUCAUGUUCAAAUGGUGUAAAUAUAAACAGACAAUAAGGCGAAAACACUCGCCCGCCCUCUGUGCAUAUAUUAGCUUGAGUCGUGUGAUACCAGCACCAAGUUGGUUAAAAGAGUGUCUUAUAAGAAAGGUUUGUAUGUACUGAUAGGUGUGUGAAAUAAGGAAUAAAGGUUUGUAUGUAUUUCCCUGUAAUGUACAGAUGGUUCUAUAUUUAUAUACACAAGAAGUGUUGAGUUUA